AUGAGUAUACCAGAUCCUCAAUUGAUGCAAUGCGUCGAAUUAAUGAACGAAGGUCUCUUUUUGGAGAAAGAAUGGGAUGAAUCCGUGCUUGAGCGCCUUACACAGGCUGACGAGAUGCCAAGUAGUGUGAUCCAGGAACUUGCGCAGGACGGAAUUGAUGGGUUGAGAAAAGAAAUUGCGGUGAAACAACUGUUUCUAGAAACAGCUCGAAUCGCGGAUGAAAACACCAAGAUUGUCCGGUUCGCCGUCAUCAUGGACCUAUGCCACCACAUGAGAUCCAGCGGAGAGGGCUCGAAAGAGAGGGUCAAGUUUUGGACUCUGGUAUUUUUCGAGCUUUUCAAAAUGGUUCUGAGCUUCUUAAAACUACCGCAUGGCCAUCUGCGAUUCUGGGGUUACGUAGAGAGCCGUGUGGAGUGGUUUAAAAUGGGGUUUUCGGAUCGAGAAGAGGUGCAAUAUGGACAAACCACUCUGAGCGCCAUUAAGGCGCCUUUCUCCAAGGUGACAUUUCAGAUCAACAAGAUGCUUCUUGCGCUACGAGUGAACUCAAAACUUUCUACUUUGCUGCAUUACAAACUUAGCAUGAAGAUUCAGUGGUUUCUAUGUCAGUGUUUGUCACCUAUAGAGCCAGCGAACACGAACAAACGUGGUAAUAUCGCAAAAGGACUUCCAGAACAGCUUUGGAACCCCAAACAUGAUAUGGACGACGCGUCUGCAUUUUUUACCGAUUUUAGAAAAGUACACUCGGAACUCAUCGAAAAUCCACUGGAGUGGGUUUUCGCUCCUUCAAAUCGAAGAUUAAAUUUACACGAUUAUCUUUUGCCUGUUAUGGACGAAAUUCUUCUCCAUGAGUCUGAAUUUUACUCUCACAUCGAGAACAAGAAGAUACGAGCGAGCAGAGUGAACCAGAAGUCGAAAACAUCUGCUGACAACAGCAGUUCGAAGACAGUCACAGCUUCAAACCCGAAGGAACUGGACCCAUGCUCAUCCACACUACGGCCACUCAUGUUAGAUCAGCCCAAUUGGGACCCAGAGUUAGUUGUCUCUCAAUUACAGGAUCCUGAUAAUGACUUUCUUCGCAAACGCUUCAUCUCACAACUUUUGAUAUCGACGAAUCUGAUCGAGCGAAUACUUUUAGAUGAGGCCGUAAGAAAAUUCUAUCGCAGUCAAUAUGACCAAAAUGACAGAAGUAGCGCAAGUGAGGAGGACGAAAGUAAAACCACGGCUACAUUGAAAAAUUUGUCUCAACUAAUAACAAAAAGGCUUGAACAGUUUUACAUGCUGCGAGAUCAGAAUUUUCAAGAAUUGUUGUCCAGCCUGAUUGCAAGUGAAAACACAUUGAUAGACUUGAAAGUGAAGAAGGGUUUCAAAAUAUUCAACGGCUUCAAAUUGCCAUCCAGUCAGCUUCAAACCAUACCAAGUUAUGAAAACUCAUUUAAAAGCUUCGGGUGGAUAAAGCUAGGCAAUAAAAAGCUUGACACUGCGUGGAAGAUAGAAAGUGGCCUUGAAUCCAUUAAAAAUGACUCAUGCAACUCGCAAGAAAUGUUUGCGCAACUAGAGCAAGACUACCAGGACAACAAUGCCGGAAGUGUUCAAACGUCGCACGCAGACAACACGGUACUGCAGUGGAAACAGUUACGAUGUCUUAGACCGCGCUUCAUAUUUGAAAUGAGCAAUGUUGACGAGAAAACUGGUGUUCGUGGCCUGUUUGAUGCCAGUUUGAUCAACAAAUCCCGCAAAGAAAAAUCAGAUUUAAGCAAACAGCUCCAAGAAGCAACAGAGUACUUCGAAAAGAAGAAGCGGGAUAUUGAUAUGGCCGAGAGUGUUGUAUCGCGACCUGGAAAGAAGCAGAAAUUAGCUACUGCAUUAGUUGACGCACUGGAUGACACUAAAGAUGGCGACGAUAAGCCAUCAUUUUCCUCGAUAACUGAGAAAGAUGACACUACUAUGAAAUUCACCGCAGAGGAAGAAGAAAACACCUCAUCUAGGAAUCAUUCAUCACAAGAUCAGAGCCCGGUAAUCACUCCCCCUCCAGCGACAAAUGUUGAGGAUAGUACGUCCGAAAGUAUGAAGGGCGCAACCGGCCCUGACGUCAGUAAGACGAUCACCCAACAUGACAAUCAAGAGAUCACAGCGGAAACGUCUGUAGAGGAAGAAAAAUCGAGCACUCCUGAACCACGUAAAAAUGAGGAAGAAAAGCAAGAUUGUUCAAAUGCGGGUUUUGGUAGCACUUGCGCUGAAGACGGGCUCAACAACAGCGCUAUGCAUGAACCCGUGGAUGACGUUCCCUUCCCUUCCGCUGAAGCCAACGAUUCUAAUGUCGAUAAAGAGCAGUAA